AUGAGGGAACAGAUUGCGGCCUUAACGGCCCGUCUAAAUGAACGCUCUCCGUCUGUUGAAUCAAAUCGACAGCACCGGGAGCCCUCGAUCGCUUUUGCCGGCCCAAAUGGCCCGGCCUUCCGACCAACAGGCAAAGCUGCUGGCCUGUUUUUGCCCCUUCCCAGAGGGCAAGAACCCGAGUACAGCGACGCCGCCAAAUCGCGCAUCAAGGCCUCCGCGACGUUCUCAGGAAAGAAGGACGAGUUCCAUUCCUUCAUCCUGAGCAUAAAGAACAAAUUUGACGAAGACGUGCGAACCUUCCGGACUGAGAACAGCCGGAUGGUCUGUCUGUAUAACCUGCUCGAGGGAAAAGCCCGCCGAGCACUUGAAACCCGCUUCUCCUCUGACACUCGACCCUUCUCUGGAGUGGCAGAGAUGAUCCAAGCCCUCGAGUCCGCCUAUGGCAAUCCGAAUGAGCUUUCCGAGGCUCUUGACCGCCUGCAACGCCUCCAGUUUACCGUGAAUGGGAAGACCGACAUUGUGGACUUCCUUGCGGAAUUUGACUACUUAACUGCGACCGGUCGUGUGCCGAGGACCAGAUGA